CGGCUGCCGGCCGGGUUAGUUAGGUUCUUUCAAUUGAUCAAGUAAUAUCGUACAUGAAGAGAAGCAAAAAGCGCAGAGAGAAAUCAGAGUUUUAUCUGAACUUGGCAGUUUGAGUCAAAAGAAGCACAGAAAAUCAACAAGAGAGUCGCGAAUAGGAACAAGAGAGUCGCCGUCUUUAAAUGAGCAAAGUACACACAACGUUGAGUUAUUUUGUAAAUUUUAUCAUUAUUUAGUAAUUAAUGCCACUAGUAGACUCUUAACAAAUUGUCACCAAAAGUUACAAAGUUUUUGUCUGUGAAACAUAGAAGAAGAAGCAAAUCAGCAGCAUCGAACGUUCUCGUGUGAUACAAGUGCCGGAAGCAAAAGCGCAGCUGAGUUCGAAAAACGCCAUCAGUAGCAGAAAACGGCAGCAGCAAACGGCAAACCGCGAGAAGAAAAUCGAUGAUUGUCGAAGUCGGUGCGAGCUACAUAGCGGAAGAAAAUUUACAAGUUAUGCUCUACGCAAAGAACUGAAACAAGUGAAACACAAUCCUCUUCGCAAAGUAAUGGUUAGGAAUUUCAAAUUUUGCCCGACAAGUACACAAAGUUGAAAAUCGUUCGGAGCAACAACCGCAACAUCAACACCCACAAAAUACAAAUGGAAGAGUAGAUUAUUUAAUGCAAGUAAAAAAGUAAUAUUUAAAAAAUUACAAGUUAAUAAAAGAAAGUGAUAAUCAAGUGCUGUGAAUUACAAAUAAUAAAUUUUAAUCAUAAGCUAAAGUUAAGAGCUAAAAGAGAGUAAAUCAACCCCUCUACGCAAAAGAAGAAAAAGAAAAGUGGAAAACAUCAACAACAAGUCAAACAACGGAAAAAAGUCGAAAAGAAAAAGUCAAGCGAAGCGUAGCUGAAAGAAGAGAAAAAAAAAAUCAGUUGCACAUCGCGAACGAGGCACCAGUGGACGCAAAUAUCCCCUUGUAUUUAUGAGUGCGAAUUUCGCUGCCAUCGACGAUCUGGUUGAAGAGUUUCUGAAAAUGGAACUCAUUUCCGUUCCUCCAUAUCCAGGCCAAUUGGGUUAUCUAGGAUCAAACAAAGUCAACGAUUUCCGAACACCGUUGAUGCCGAUACCGGCAAAUAGUAAUAAGAACGCCAACCAACGCCAUCAUCAGUCACAACAGCAGCUACCGAGCAGUCAGCCGGUCAGCCAGCGAAGUCACCAUCAUCACAAUCACCACCAUCACAGCCAUCAUCAGGCAGCGCAGGAGAACAGUCAGCCGCUGGAGCCGGCGACGAUAGCCCUUACCGCAUCACCCCAUGAAGAUGCCCUGCAAGCGCUAUCCGCCCGACUCGAGUCGGAACUGCGCACUGCCAAACGGCGGCAUUUAGCCUGCACCGAAGUAUUACUCCCGGCCGACCUUCUGCCACGGAUAGCUUCGCAGAUGUUCGAACUUUCCGAGAAGGAACCGUGCGGCAUCCGCGGGUGCACGGUUUACAUCGAAUUCGAGGACGAACCAGACAACAGCAGACGGAUCGCCACCAUGAAGACCGAUCCUACCACCGUAUCCACCUUCGAGCUGUAUCUUACCCUUCGGCAAGACCGAAGCGGCUGGACUUCGAUCCUGCCACAGUUUCUCAAAAAUCUGGCUCGUGGCAGUACGAUAAUGAUCAGUCCAGAGUUUGCACUGACCAAGAACAAGCUCUAUCACACCUAUUCGGACUAAGCCGUCAACGUCGUCAGUGUCGUCGCUUUUUCGACCAUUCGCGUGUGCCCCCUGAACUGUUACCUCUGACGAGGGGGGUUACACGUGAGCAAAGGUAGGAAUGAACUUUCCAACUCUUUCCAACCGCAAAACAAGUGUAUCUGUGAGAAUCGUUAAACAAAAGUCAGCCUCCUCCGAAUGCGAAUCGCGGGGAGAGGUCUCCUGGAGGUCCCGAUGGUUGGCUGCGAAGUUCUUCGAUUUGUUUUUAAGUAUUUUAUAAAUAUUUAAAUCCGUGGCUGGUAGCGAUGCUAACAAACGAAAUUACAAAUCAACCAAGUGAUUGCGUUUUUCGUAACGAAAACGCUAGUAAGAGAAAACAGAAAAAAGGCAGUGUAAUUGUAUCCAGCAAAAAAGAACACUACGUGAAAUCUCUCUCUCUGAACAUUUUUCCUUUUAAUUUUUGUGUACAGAAAACAAAAACUGAUUCAAAACAUGCAAAAAUAUACAAAAGAAUCGUCGCCAUUGUGAAAGUUUCGAGUUAAGGAAAAAAAACAGCAAGACAAAAAAACGUGUACAGUUGGACGGAACAUUGAUUCGAAAUCUUUUCGUUUCGUUGUCGGUGUUGAUCAAAGUAGCCUUUAAACCCACAUUUGAAUAUGAGAGGUCGCGAUUGCCGUGGAAGGAAAUUUCCAGACAAAUUAUCCAGAAGGAAAAACAAUCAGCUGUCAUAUGGGAGCUGUCAACGGGCAGCAUAUAGGUAUGAUUUUUCAAAUUGUAACAACUUUGUGAUGAUUUCCUAGUGAUUUUUUUAAUUGUUUCGGAGCCAAACGCUUCCGGCAGUGCUCCUCAAACGAGUGAACUGUCGGAGCUUUUUCGCUCUGGAAAUGUUAAGUUUUUCUCUCGCUACGAAUAAGAAAUGUUUUAUGGUCGCAGCAAGCUUGUGUCAAAAUUGGUUUGUCUUUUCAAAAAAUAAAUUGUUUUGAUUUGACUCUAGGAUACUCAAAUUGAAUAAAAUCGAUCUUUUAUAUUGAUUUGGUUGAAAUUUUUUCCUCAUUUUAAUCUCGAAAACAAAUUGGUGUAGAAUGUUCCUAGGAAACAAACGUCAAAAUCAAAACAAACGAAGAAUAAAGUUUUUUGCGGGGGGUUUAGCAGGGGGAAAAGGCGCGGGUCGGAAAAGCGGCGAGAAAAACAAAGCAAACCGAUAAAGCAUUUGUGAGUAAUCUUUUUAAGGCAGUUUUAAGGCUUAGCGAAAGCGUAUUUUUCGAAGGGAAGAUUUUUUUCAGUGUCUCAGAAACCCGUUUUUUGUCUCUGUGUAUGUAAAUUAUCGAUUAACGAUUAUUAGCUGUUAGGAACGUCGCCACGAAGGUGAAAGAAGCAAGAGACGAAUACAACUUGUUUAUCAUUUGUGAUAUUUGCGCUAAUUACAGAUCCAGCUCUGUUCUCCUUAAAGAUUUUUUUAAACAAGCGAUAAUGAAUGCUUAAGUCCGCAACAAAACAGGAAAUUUUCGGGGCCGACAUUUUCUUUUUUCUUCUGCAAACUUCUUUUUAUUUGAUCUCAGAGUUAAAGAUAAUCGAGUAGUUGUAAUAAAUAAAUUAUCCACCAACGCAAGCAAAGUUUAAUCAAUAGGAACAAACAGCUUUUCGAUUUUUGCAAGAAUUGAUCUCCGAGGAAACAAGAGAAUUUUCAUUCUUAAUGGCGUAUCUUUUCCUUUUUAACAAAUCAAAAACAAAGCAAAAGGACGCUGCAAAAAAACUCACUCAUACUCACUCACUCAUGUGCAUCCAAUAUAUCAAAUUAGAACUCGUAUAUCAAUUAUCAAGAACCCUCCUUUCCUACUGUAUGACCGUUAGAAAUCGAAUUAACUCAAACAAACACACACACACAACAAAAGCAGACGCGAAAAUGGUUUUCACUAAAAAAAAACAGAACGAAACGUUUCUCUUUUUGCAGCUGUCACCAUUUGUCACGGCAAACGUCACACACAAUGAAUUUAAAUAACAAAAAAAUAAAAACAAAAUAGUUAUCGUCGAUAUGUGUCUGUAGUAGUUUAUCAGCAAACCAUCAAUUACUCAUAAUCGUGUAGUUUGUGACUCACACAGUAAUAGAAUAAAAUUUAGCGUUCCAAAUUGUUCGAACUUCGGUUGAUCGAAAACUGCGCGUAGCUGUCAAAAGAAGCAAGCGAUUUGGCCUUCGGUCACUUUUCGGUAGCUCGAUUUCGGGACUCUCCGCUGACGAUUCGCAUCAGUGCCAAAAGACCAGUCAGUCUCGGGAACUGUUUGUCGAACUGUAGGCGAACACUUGUAACGUAAAACUUGAUCAGCUGAAGAACUCACCCACCUCCGCCAUCGUUUUCAUUUCCGCGGAUUUUCCGCUCUGAGAACGGAACCGUUUCGCGAGAAAUGGUGCUCUGAUAGUCUGAUGCUGGAUCUGGAGGCGCGAGGGGUCUGCAAAGUCGAGUACGAGGCGUGACCGAAUGCCAAAUUGCUUCCGGUAUGAACUUUUAAACACAUUUUGGUUGGUUUUCAAUUUUAAAUUCCGCGGAAAUCUGAUACAAUAAAUUGAUAACAAGAAAAGAAUGGACGAAAUCGUGAUUAGGAUGUAAGGGCAAACAUAUUUAAAACGAAGAAGCGAAAUUAUUAUUACCGUAAACAGUGGAAAAUGAAAUGUUUGAUACAAAAAAUAUUGUGUGUGUGUUUUUCUAUAUUUAUAUAAUAUUUAUCGUAAAAAAAAAAACAAAAUACUAUAAAAAUUACUAGGAUUUUCAAAUUUAAAAUAAAUUAUUACAGAAAUAAAACAAAUUUUUAAACCCACAAACAAACCACAAAAACAAUUUAACAUCUACGUCAACCAAACGUCAAAAUCAUAAUCUAUGAUUGCUUUUCCUUUCUAGUAAACAAAAUGUCCGUACUUGGUAGAAACAUAAUGCAACCUCGAGUCAAUUUUACUUUCUAAUUUUCAAAAUCUCAUUUUUCACAUUAAUUUCUCUUCCAUUGAAAUGUUUCGUGAAAAAAAAAACAAAAAAAAUUCUUUAAAUAACGAUUAACAAACAUCUCUUGUUCGUGCGUAGAGUUUGACAACGAAGCUUUUCGGCGCUCGCAUCGAGGGGUACAAACCCGAACGCACAGCUUCGGCCUCCGAGGUGGGCGCCGAAAGGCGAUUCGUGCUACGAAAUUUCUCAAAAAAUGUGAUACGAUCUUAGUUGAACCAAUAAAGUAAAAGAUAAAGUAAACGAUCUAAUAGUCUACCGAUGAACUUUAAGAACUGUGUGGCGCAAGUGAAAUCCAUAUCCCAGAAUAUGUAGAGCGCGGUUUGCAGUCGGCGCCGAUCGAGCGUGACGCACCGCCAGAUAAAAUUAUAUUGAAGUAAACAAAAGUAAAAUAUUGCGUAAACGAAAACCAACAAACAAUGGAAACAAUGGACACGUUAAUAUACUAUAUGUAUGUAAUAGUAGAUUUUCGUAUACUUAUCAAAAAAAAAUCCAAUCAUGGAAAUUAAAGAAAAAUAGUAAACAAAAAAUCAUAAACAAAAUAUCAAAAAAAAAAGUGAAAAAAUCCAAAAAAAUCUACUCUUUUGUUUGUAUUGACAAUUUUUGUGGAGCGUGAACUCCGCUCCAACCGAAAUCUGUUUUUAAUUUCCCUUGUAUUAGUAGUACUAGCGGAAGAGACAAGCACAACGUGAUCAAGUAAUGUUAAAAUGAAAGAAGGACUUAAAAACCUUACAACAAAUGAAAAAAGCUAAAUGUUUGUAUAAGUGUAUCGAUACAUGCAUAUAUUCGAACCCCGGACAAAAAAAACUUUGUAGACUGUUAAGGAUUCAAUCUCGUUCAUAUCCAGUAGCAGCGGCAAAUAAUACAGAAACAAUUUACACAAAACAAAUCUAUAAAAUCACAGCAAAAAAACUUACAGUAGGAUGCUUCUUGAAAUUCAUCGCAAACUAUCUCAUUUUUAUCAAAUUCAUCAUCGGACAUUUACGUUUUGACAGCUUCUCGGAGAUCAAAGUAACCUCUGUGCGCACACUCACAGGGAUAAAAAAAAUUCUCUCGCCCGAUACAGUUUAGCUUUGCUCGCGUGGCAAUCGUGCCCACGCCUCAAACAAUAACGCAUAGGAAGGAGGAGAAUAGGAAGAACCGAUCGUGUACAAAUAUAAUGGAUAAUAAUUGUUAAUCAUUUUUAUUAUUAUUAUUAUUACUAUUAUUAGCUAGGAUUAGUAGGAUUCAUGGUGCGGUGAGCGGUGAGUGCCAGCACCCCGCUUCACCGCAUUCGAUCGAAAUACUUUUGAAACACAAAUAAAGCGUGGAGCGCCUCGAUUACUACACAUAUGAUAGGCUUAAUCUGCUAACGCAUAAUCUUUAACAGAAAGACGCAUACGCAGACGAUGAGCACUCGGCUUUUUUAUUUGUGAGGAGCGAGCGAGAAAGCGAGUGCAAGAGGACGAGUAAUCAAGCUUCAAUUUUGAAGAUAUCAGCGACGAUUAAGUUUUGUUUUUGAUUUCGAAAAACGAAAAUGCGAGAGCGAAUUUCAUCAUUUAUUUUGAUUGUAAGUGUGAUCUUAACUGUAGUGUUUUUUGUGUCACUUUUUAUUAAAAAGCCCCUAUUUUAUUUUUUCGUCUUACAAUUCCGCGAAUACAAACACAAAGUCAUAGUCAUUUGUUUUUAUUUUUACUAUGUUAUUUAGUCAUGUUUCAGUUUUUUUUUGUUUUUUACAUAACUAUUUACAUUUAAGUCGAGCAUACAAGAUUUUUCUCUCAGAUUAAGGAAGAAAACUCUAAUCGUGAUAUUUAUGAUUAAUAAGCGAGCGCAAGCACGUGAGCACGAGCAAAGCAAACGAAUCAGGCGAGAGGAAGAGAGAAAGCGCAUGGAAGAAGCAAUGGCAGCGCGUCAACGAGAAGCUGGCAGCGCACGCUUCGAUCCGGGAUUGUUUGCCAUUCUGACAGCAAUCAAAUUUUGUUUUGUUCUCUCAGUUUUUCAUUGCCGCAAAGCUGGCAUUGGUGGCUGGAAGUUUUGCGCAGCCCCAAUUAUCAAUCAGUAUUUCAGUUCGCGCAGUUCGUUUGAUCUUUGCUUUUGUGUUUAUCGAGUUAAGCGAUUUAGUUCUAUCAAAUCGAAUCAACUUCGUUUAGUUUUGAUCUUCAAAACCAGAACAAAACAUCAAACAAACAAACAGCUACAAAUUCGAGCCAAAUUUUCAUUCCAAGUUUUAUUGCCAAUGAAACUUUACUGAAUUUGGUUGAACGAUUGUCUCUCGCCAGUUGCCGUCAUGCGUGUUCGAAAGCGGCUCAGAGAUCAAACCUUGCCCAACUCAAUCCGCGGUUUCUCAGCAAAGGACUACUUGAGCAAGGUUCGAUCGCUAGGUAUCGUCUUUCCACGGACAUAAACACUAAAUAAGACGCAGAAAAGGGCGAGAGACAAACGCAGCGAACAAACAAAACACACAACAACAAACGAAAAGCGAGUUUUUGUUUUAGGUUAGGUUUUUUAAAUUAAACAAACAUAAAAAGAAAAAAAAACACUAGGUAUCUCCAUUAAACAAAUGAUGCAAAAGAAACGAGCAGAAGAAAAAGAAAAUCAGUUUUUGUUUUUUUACGAAUGGGCCAAAUUAGAGCCGCAGGAAAAUGGAUUUUGUAACGUCGAGUAAAGAAAGAACGGACGAUCGAAGGAGGAGAAAAAUACAAAACAAAAUAUUAAGUGAUAGUAUCUAAAAGUGAUAAUAAUUAAGAAAUGAAAAGUAAGAAUAACAAUUGUAAUCGAGCAAGAAAAAAUACAAAUAAUUAUUAAUGCUAUUGAUGCAAACCACAUUAAUUAUUAUAUCAUUUGUAACAAACAGAGCAGAGAGAAUGAAAAACAAUGCAUUAUGGCAAAACCAAUGAAAAAAAAAAAUAAAAAAAUAGUAAACACUUAGGAAUCCACCGUUUUUAAAAGUAAUAUUUUCUCUUUCUGUGGAAAUAGUGGAAGCAAACACAAAUGUAUUAUGGAAGUAACAAAAAAUCCAGAAGAAAAUACGAAAAAAUAUAAUAAAAAAUGUCAAAAAUUGAAAAAUUAAAACCCUUUUCUUUUAUUUUACUCCGUUUUGCAACGCACUCUCACACUCUCCUUGGCGUCGAUACAGUCGUGGAUUCCCCCUUAUCUUCUUUCGCUUUCCUCCUUACGCGUAGCCCUUUUUCACUUCGCUCCAGUCAAUCCGAAAACCUCCCUCUCGCCUAACACUUACUCUUAUCCAACACGAAGAGAGUGCAUUUCUUACUAGUGUACACAGAAAGAGAGAAAAUUACUCGCACAAAUACAUACACAUCUAAAUUGCAUGAAAAAAAAACGUUCAUCUGAAAAACACUUACUCAAUCACCAAUCCAUUGUUCUCUGUCAUCUCUCGUCUCGAAUUAUCAAUGGUACUGUUGUGCGAAUAUAUAAUAAUAAAAAAAACAUAAAAAUACAAUGAAAACAUGAAAGCAAGUACAAAUAAACCUUCUAGCUAGUAAGUUUGAAAGAACAAACUCAAAAAUAACGAAAUCGAA